AUGGAGAAAAACGUGCCCCCCUCGCAUAGUGGUGACUUCGUACCGUCAUCUACGCGAAGCCUUAAGAAGGCGCCUCGAUCGGUGGAUAUCUCCUUGCCGUGUUCAGUCACCUACGUCAGUGGUGAUAUACCGACUUCAGCGGAUGGCGGUUCCAAGAAAUCCAAAAACCGAAACUCCCUACAGAAACAAGCUUCGAAGAAGUCUAGCAAGGCCCUGCAUUUCCCGGUCAAGUCAUCCCAUAACUUGACCACCCUGUCUUUCGAUGGUGGUGUCGGCAAUAAUCGAUUGUCACUGCCCCCAGCCACCCAGCACCAUCUGGACAGUCCUCGUUCUCCCAGUCGCCUUGUUGCCCACCCUUAUGCUCGGCCGAACUCUCUUGCUAUCCAUGGAAUUCAUUCACACGACAUAUCAGGAAGUGUGUCGUCGAGUUGUCGCCUCGGCAAAUCCACUCUCCGGUCAAUUGCAUCCGGUGACCUGAUGCUGGAUUUUCCCGACUUGACACCCACUCCUGAAGCCGACCAAUCAGUGUUCUUUCCCGUCCCGGUGGACAGUAACCCGGACGGCCUUGGCGCGCACCAAUCAGAGUACAGUGUUGGAAGUCUGGGGCGUCUCAAGUCGUUGCCUGGAGGGACGUAUCCAUUUCGUCGUCGUUGCACCUCGUCGAUGUCGACGGCGUCUCAGAGUCGUCAACGCAGCCGCUGGCGACAGUCUGGAACACCUGUCGCGGACGCGCCGCCACCCGUGACCACGCCGAUAACCUGCACCCUCGUGCUCAACCCCUCCGCGGACAACUCGGCCAAGUCCUUCCCCUUUCCGGAUGGAACGGCCUACAUGAUGUCCAGCGAGCAACACCGCAACGUCGACCAAGUCCUCUGCACCACCAAACUCCUGCUGCACAAAUUGAAGCGCCUAUUGAAUGAGGUAGGCGUCGAGCCCGGUCUGUCGUCUUCCAGCGUGGGGGGAGGGGAGAAUACGGGGCACCUGCAUCCGUUUGCGGAGCAGCUAGAAAAUCGACAUCCCGUUUCUCCAUCGUUUGCCGAAGAACGCCAACCCAGCUUGGAGACGUCCUUGUUGAAGCCAAUCACAGCACGAGCAGGGUGUGUCGGUACCUCCUGCCAACCUCCUGCAACCUCGAUUUCAGCUGAUCUUGAAUUUACAAACCUCGAAGAUGCUAUUGCGCACAACCCUGGUGGAUUGGACCGUCUCGCUAUUCCGCGACUGGGAAUUGUGCACUCACGCUCAGUUUUCUCCCCAGGGACCAAUCAAAUGACGCUCCUCUUCAAUAAGAACCUCCUGCUGACUGCACGUCUGAUUCGCUCCAAUUCCCGCCCAUUUAGCGCUGUCACUCGGCUCAAACCACUCAGGAAGCCGGUGGAGGCAGAAAAGCCGCCCAAGGACACGGGUGCCUCCGCUACCGCGGUCGCACAACUCAGCCGAGCUGAAAUCGACUUCCUAACCAAGCAAAUCGGUCAUCCUGAGGACUGGCAGCUCGUCUACAGGCUUCGUGCGAUGCCCUUUGCCCAGGCUUUCUCCAAGUUGAAGCUCCUGCUGACUUUCACCCUGGUCGCUGGAACGCCUAUCUCCAUCGCAUGCCACCUGGCCGACUGGGUCGGUUCAGAUCUGUGCUACUUCCUCUUCGGUGCCUCCGUGUUCUCGCUCUGCACCCUCUGUGUCUUCAGCUACUUCUCCACUAAAGUCAUUGGAGUGCUCAGCCUUCACAAGUCCACAGGACUGCUGCGUGUGGGGUUGCUAAAUUUUUGGGGCAACCGCAGAAACAUCCUAGUGCAGCCGGAGCAGAUUCUACCGCCCGACGACCUGAGCAACACCUCACGCCGAACUGUUCGCGUGGGCUUGGUUGGCGACGCGGCGUCCCCCGAGUACACGACGAUGCGGUCGCUCUACCUCACCAGGGUCACCGGCGAGAUCAGAAACAGGGAAUUGUUCAGCAAAUUUGUCGGCAAUUUCUGGUGA